AUGUUGCUAAUGGAAUGUGAAAGGAAAACUGGCCCUACUGAGAGGUUCAUACUACCCUACUUCCGCUGUGACCCCAGCUACCUGUUUUUGUUCAUGGUAUUUACCAUGUGUUUGUGCCAGACUCUGGAUGGACAGGUCGGCAGCAAGGGAAGAAAGGAGAAAGAAAUAGACCGAGUCACUAGAGAAGGAAAUUCUGAAUGCCAGUUUUACGUCUGGGCAAUUUUAGCUUUUCUAGGGCUAGCUCUGGUGAUAUCAUUGAUCUUCAAUGUUUCCUACUAUGUAAAGUCACAUCGAGAAGAUAAAACAAACACAUACUACAAUGAUUACAUUCCCAGGGAGGAUGAGAAUUACAUUGAAGACAAUCCAAUAUAUGGUAACUUAGAUAAUGUGAUACCAGAAACAAUGGAUGAAAAUUGCUAUGAACAAAUGAAAGCCCGACCAGAGAGUUCCGUAAAAGAACUACAAGAGGCUAACCCACUUGCACAGGAAACCAGGGAACCAGAGACAUUCUAUGCUUCAUUAGAUCACAACAAAGAGGGCCAACGCAGAAAGCCUAGGAAACAGAAAACAUGUUUGUCUGAGAAUAAAGAUAUGCAGUUGCAUGAAAUGACUGGCUUUGCUUCUUCUUCGACCAGUUUGGUAGAAACGGAGGACGACAUUCACGAUGAUCCAGCCAGACUAUUUGGAUUGAUUCGUGCAAAAAGAGAAACUACAAAUGAGGUGAAGCAUGGGCAAGGAGAUGUGUACCUGCCAAAUGGGCAGGAGUUGACACAGACUGCCCUGCAAGAAUUUGACCACACAGGAAGGCUUGAUAUAUUUAACUACGGUAAAAAAGUCCUUUCCACAUCCAAGAAUAACUGUGAACCGCGGCCAGCUCAAACAACUGUUCCUUGUUCAAGGACCCCGCAUUUAGGCGCCCAACUUGGGGCCGAAGACCACCACCACACUCGAAUGACUACUGGCCGGCGAAUCCGGAGCUCUUUCGUAAAUCGCGAGAAGACCCCAUCCGGGUAA